CUCCAGAGCUGGAGCUCAUUUUGGCCCUCUGCAGUUCAACAGCAAUGUCUCCUGUCCUACUCAUCCUAUGGAUUGUUGUCCUUGCCCAGACCACUCUUGCUGCUAAUGUCUGUCCCAGGCCACCUGAAAUCCCACUGGCUACUGCUGACAUAAACAAGGCAGAAUACAGCAUUGGAGAAGAAAUUUCGUACAGCUGUAAUCCUGGCUAUGUUCCUCAGUCGGGCAACAUGAGAUACACAUGCCCAAUACGUGGCCGAUGGCCUGCCAUCACACUGAGAUGCACACCAAGAAACUGUCCAUUGCCUGAACCAAUGAACAAUGGAAGAAUACUUCAUACAAGCCUCAGCUACCAGAGUGUUAUUACAUUUUCAUGUGAUACUGGGUAUUUUCUUCAAGGACCUCAAACCAGCCAAUGUCAAGCAGAUGGUCAAUGGCAACCAGGGCUACCUGCAUGCCAACCUGUGAUUUGUCCUCCACCUCCAAUUUCUCCAUAUGAAGCACUUACUUACCGUAGAUUGAAACCAGGGAAUAUAUCAGUCUUUCAAGAUGUAAUCAUGUUUGAAUGUUUAUCACCUCUUGCCCUGUUUGGAAGUGAAACAGCUACGUGUCUGGCCACUGGGAACUGGAGUGAACUACCAGAAUGCAGAUUUGUACAGUGCCCCUAUCCAGAAGAAAUAGAAAAUGGAUUUAUAAACUUUGCUCUUCGCAGAACUUAUGACUAUAAAGAUACUGUGAGCUACGGAUGUAAUCCACCAUAUGUGCUAGAAGGUCCUGCACAAUCCAGGUGUGAAAAAACAGGCCAGUGGUCAGGAAAACCAACUUGCAGAGCACCAUGUGAAAUACCUGUUAAAAGAGCAACAGUACUUUACAAUGGGCGGAAGGUGACAGUGCAAGGUCACUUCCAGAAUGGAAUACAACAUGCUGAGACUAUUUGGUUCUACUGCAAAAAUAAGGAGCACGGGUGUAGUUAUAAAGUACCUACUCAGUGCAUAGAUGGUCACCUUUCAGUCCCUGCCUGUUUCAAAGAGCUUGGGUUUUUCCAAUCCUUAAUAAAAACUGAGGCAGCACACUUAACACCAUGUGAUGGCACGGAAUGAGGCCUGCAAUCUCCAUGCCUAGAUGAAGAUGAAUGCAAAUGGCACAUCAGAGUCCUGCUUAGAGCACAACAGCCUGCAAUGCGAGCAUAACCUUACCAGCAUAUUCUAAAAGCCAUUUUAAAAAUGUGUCUAUGUCAUAUUUGUGUUUAAACUACAUUUCUUGGUUACUUUUCCUCAUGUUAUAUUUUUAAGAGACAUGUUAUCAAACUACUUAUGGUGUAUGGGUGUGUAAGAGUUAACAUGCAGUAACAAGAACUUUUACAUAAAUUGUUCAUAUUAUAGAGGCACCCAGAGCACCAUCUAUUUGGAUGGAUGACUUUCCAUUAUUAAGGCCUGGAGAUGUGAAGUUGCUUGAUCAUCCACUUGUUUGCUUGUGGCUGAGCACAUCUGGGAAGGAGGGAACACCUGAGGGGGUCUCUAACAGUCUGAGAGUUGUCUCAGAUUCCUUACAGGGGUGGCCAUAUGAUCUGACCUGGAUGAGGAUAUCUUGGUGACAACCAUCCAUGCUCUGAUAAUUUCUUAACUAGAUUACUGUGAUUUAUUGUACACUUGCAUGAUGUCUAGAAACAGGUAGGCAAUCUAGAAACUUGAAUGAUAUAGAAUAGGACAACAAAAGCACUAAUUGGAACUGGAUAACUAUUAUACCAGGGUUGAGUAAUCUCCACUGGCUUCCUGAUUGUUUUCAGGUUCAAUUCAAAAUGCUGAUUUUAGCUUACAACCUCUUGGAAGGCCACCUCUUCCCAUAUGAUCCUGUUCAUACCUUGAGAGCUAAAGCCUGUCUCUGUGCACCUGCACACUGAGAUCUGCCAGGUGGUACUUCAUAAGCAGGCUAUUUUUGCCGGAUGCCUCCUUAAAGCAGUCUGCCUGACUCCAAUUUCAUUGAUUUUUAGUUGUUGCACAAUGAAAACAAACAUUUUUCUCACAGGUAUUUUAAUACUUUUAAAACAGUUUUUAAAAGAUAUCCCCUUUCAUGCUGUGCUUGUUCUGUAUCCUUUGUCUGAGUAUGUUUUCUUACUGUUUUAAUAUUCAUCUUUAACUGAUGCUUUACUGUUUAAUUAGGAGAGCUUUGGCUAUUGGACAAUGUAGUAAUUAAUUAUGACUGUUGCCCUGAAAACUUGACUGUAAGGUGAUUCUUAAGUGGAAGAAAUAAAGACAAGGCAAAUGAAA